AUGACCAUAUUUGACGAAAUUAAGAACGUUCAGAGGCUGGCUGAGGCCGAGGCUGCGGGUGAUCCCAAUGCUCACAGUCAACUCCUGGCCGCUAUUCGGAAGCUGCAAUUGGCAGCGGAAAAGCCGAUUGACACAACUUCUCGAGUAAACUUUCAAAUUAUGCAAAAUAUCUGCGUUCGAGUAGCAAUCGAAAGGAAGCUGCUGCACGCGAUAGCGGCGAGGAAUGGAGAUCCGAUAACAUCGGCAGAACUGUCGCGUGUGACUGAUACCGAUGAGCUUCUAGUCGUCCGUGUCAUGCGCGUGUUGACCGCAAUUGGCUUUGCCCGCGAGACGGCCAACCAAAGCUAUGCGGCGAAUGAGACGACUCAUUUUGAGAUCCUCCCUGGAUCAAUUGCCGCAGUGAAGCAUCAUUUUGAACCCGACUUCGGCAUGGGAGCCAAACUGGUCGAGUACAUGCGCGGGCCAGGCAUUAGCCAGUUCGCCGACGAACCAGGCCAACAGACACUCUUCAAGUACGCACAUGGGUUUGACAAAAUCUUCGGCAUGCUCGAACAAAACCCGGAGCAAAAGCAGGCGUUCGAUGACUACAUGGCGUCUCGACGGUUGAUCAACCAGCCGCAGUGGUUCGAGAUCUACCCUGCUGCGGAGAGACUGCGGGAUGUACGAGACAGUCCAGACUCCGUUCUGCUGGUCGAUGUUGGAGGCGGGCCAGGACAGGAAAUGUCCCGUUUCAGACAACGUCACCCGGACAUUCCGGGGAGGAUCAUCUUGCAAGAUCUGCCUCUGACCCUCAAUCGGAUUGAGAAGGUACCAGAGGGGAUUGAGCCAAUGGAACACGAUUUCUUCAAUCCGCAGCCAGUCAAGGGUGCCCGGGCUUAUUUCUUCCGGCAAGUCCUGCAUAACUGGUCCGACGCCAAAAGCAAGCAGAUUCUGUCACAUAUCGCCGAUGCCAUGGUGCCAGGAUACUCCACCCUGCUGAUCGACGACUAUGUGUUACCGGAUACUGGAGCCGAGCUGAGAGCAGCUGAGAUGGAUAUUCUCAUGUGGCUACAUACCGCCGGUCUUGAGCGAACUGUCUCCCAGUGGAAGGCUUUAUUCGAUGCGGUAGGCCUCGAGCUGGUGCACAUCUGGAAUACCGACAAGGGAGAUGAGUCGGUGCUGGAAGUGAAGAAGAGGUCGUGA